GUUUCUUGAUAGCAGAUGGUGCGAUUAGUCGUCUGUUAAUUGGUUGACUAGUAAAAGUUAUACAUGAAGUUCCUGUGAGUGUUUUUUCCCGUGUUUUUUUUUAUCCUGCUCAACCGAUAUUGUUUCUUUUGUUUACUUUACCUUGGAUGUUUUCCUAUACUCAUUGAAGACAGCAAAAAUGAGAACUGGAUUCUACAAGAUUGAUUUGAACAAAACAGAAUGGGAAGUCCCAGACAGCUAUCAAAUGUUAUCACCUGUAGGCUCAGGUGCUUAUGGACAAGUGUGCUCGGCAGUUGAUUCUAGAACAGAGAACAAAGUAGCAAUUAAAAAACUUGCCCGUCCCUUUCAGUCAGCCAUUCAUGCUAAAAGGACUUAUAGAGAAUUAAGGCUAUUAAAGCACAUGAAUCAUGAGAACGUUAUUGGACUCCUAGAUGUUUUUACUCCUGCUUCCUCUUUGGCUGAUUUUCAGGAUGUUUACAUGGUAACUCAUUUGAUGGGUGCAGACCUAAACAACAUAGUUAAAACCCAAAAACUCUCAGAUGACCAUGUGCAAUUCUUGGUGUAUCAAAUCUUGCGUGGAUUAAAGUACAUUCAUUCUGCCGGAAUUAUACAUAGAGAUUUGAAGCCUUCUAAUAUUGCAGUCAAUGAAGACUGUGAGCUCAAAAUUUUAGAUUUUGGUUUAGCUCGUCCGACCGAAACAGAAAUGACGGGUUAUGUGGCUACGCGCUGGUAUCGAGCUCCCGAAAUCAUGCUAAAUUGGAUGCGAUAUUCUCAAACAGUUGAUAUUUGGUCCGUUGGAUGCAUCAUGGCCGAGCUACUUACAUCGAGAACCCUUUUCCCGGGAACUGACCACAUCGACCAGUUAACUCGCAUCCUCUGGCUGUGUGGCAAACCCGACGACGAGUUUCUUUCCAAAAUCUCUAGUGAGGAAGCAAGAAACUACAUACGUUCACUUCCGCCGAUGAAAAGAAAGGAUUUUAAACAAGUGUUUAAAGGCGCAAGCCCUUUGGCCAUCGAUUUAUUGGAGAAAACGCUUGAACUUGAUGCAGACAAGCGAAUCAACGCCGAAGAAGCUUUGGCUCAUCCGUAUUUAGCGCAAUACGCCGAUCCAAGCGACGAACCCGUAUCCCACCCCUACGACCAGUCCUUUGAAGACAUGGACCUUACUGUGGAGGAAUGGAAAGAACUUGUCUACAAGGAAGUCAUAAGCUUUGCCGAAAUAAUAGCAGUAGCUGGUUCCGAAAAACUGAUCGACACCGAGUGAAAUACUUCUUUUUUCGUUUUCGACCGUUUUUAUUUUGACUGUGUUGCUUUAGAUUUUAAACUUUAAUUGACAUCCUACUGCGUUUGAAAUUUGUUGACUCCUUUGAAUCCUGUGCGCCUUUUACGACUAGCAAUAAAUUGUUAAGGACGGUUUUAAAAUGCUUCUAAAAGACAAACCAUCGAAUUAUAUGUUAUUUCAUCGUAGGCUGUAAUUUGUAUCCACCCAGUAAAAGACAUUGCUGCAGAUGUUUUUUUCCCAUCCAUUAGUUUUUUUUUUCUCUGAUGCCUCCGUCGAUCUUUAUAUAUGCUAAACAAAAAGCAAAAAUUUAUUUGUAGCGUGAACAGCGUUGUCAAUGUAUGGCCAGAGAAGAAAAAUUUAAUAAAAUUGUAUUGCAACCCA